CUGUUUAUAAUUUAAAGAGGUUAUAAAAAACAUAACCUAUCAAAUAUAAAGAUAAUUUUGGUUUUGGUCAUUAUUUCAGCUUCACGUAUUUAAGUAGAUUGAUUUAACUUGAUAGUCUUGGAAAUGAACUGAUGAAUUAUCAAAUUGUAUCGCCCUUGAUAAUAACGACAAACAUUAAUUUGUAAUUAAGAUGAAUAAUAUCAUAAUGAAAUUGAAAGAAAUUUCAAAAUCAAAUUUCUUCAAACAUGCAGUUCCAUUCUUUCUAACAGUUGGAUUAGGAACAUUAUUUUUAAAAGAAUUUGCUUCUUUGAGGUACGAGUAUAGGAAGAGUGAGCUUCUAUCACCCCAAGACAUAAAAGCACUAAAGGAAAUCACAGGGGGCAAGUUACAUACCUUAGAAGAAGAAUAUGAGAAGUUGAAAAAGAUGGACCUGGAUAAUUGGGAGAACAAGCGAAUACCAAGGCCGUGGGGUGAAGAUGAAUGAAAACUCAAUCACUACUUUUAGGUUUUCGAAGAAUUUCUUGAUGAUUAGAAACCUUGCCCUUGUAAAUACUGUAGACUGUAGAUAAUUCUAUAAAUUUGAAUGUAAUGUAAAUUCAAGACGCCCUGUUCAAAAUAAAUUGUUGUUUAUUUAUAAUGAGGCUGCUCUUUCAAUCAAUCGUAUAUUGAUUGUCAAAUAAUAUACUGUGAUGACAUUCGUGCUAAA